AUGGGUUCAGACGCUUCGCCAGACCUAGACCACGGACCGGAGGUUUUCGAAACCAGCGAUGUCGAAAGCGAAGCAGGCCUUGAUCUUCAAGAAGAACAGAAUGAAAGCAUUGCACGUGACCCUCUAGCUCUGGCUCAAGACGCUGCUGCAAGCUAUGAAUCUUCAGCGAUCAACGAUGAGUUGACGUUGGCAGACUUCCUGGGGACGGUUUCACGGCGCCUAGGGCAAAGUGGGUACAGUGUGGAACGAGCUGGAGAGUCUCGGCGUCAAAAAUUGAGCAGAAUAGCUUUGGAACUCGAGGAGUUACUGAAGGAAGAGGGAGAUCUGGAGAUUGAAGAAUUGGGUAAGCAAUUGGAGGUUUUGACGAGUAAAGACCGCGUUGACCCUGAGCUUGACCUUGGAAUAAGUGGCGUUUUUAAGGAUAUUGACGCUGCUUUGAAAGUGAAGGAGAACGUUGAACCUACAGCUGGAGAUGAGGUGCUUCGGCUUGAAAAGAGGAUUGCAGAGCUUGAAGAUCUCGUGGGAACGACAGAAGAGCCUCCUUCGAGUCUACGGAACGCUUUGAAUAACGCGUCACGCAAGGUUUCGGUGUUGUACGAUCACGAAAGUGAAUUAAGUGCUGUAAAGGCAGAAAUCAAGCUGCUUAAUAAGGAAAUGGAGCUUUUGGCUACGAAUAGACGAAUGGCACAGGUUGCCAGUGGGAGUAAAGAACCAGUUUCGGUGCAGAUCAGCUUUGAACAUAAGGUUUCGUCGUUAUAUGACCGUUUGGCUGAGUUCGACAGGGCCAACACCACAGUACCACUUAUAUUAACAAGACUUCGAUCUUUGAAUCGCGUCCAUGCCGAAAGUGGACAUGCAAUUGAGUGUGUUUCGAACCUAGAUAAGACCUUGGCUGAGUUGGCGCAGGAUAUGAAGAAAUGGGAUGAGUCGAUAGAUAAGAUCGAUAAGAGUAUCAAUGAGCAGAGUGAAGCGUUUGGCAGGAACUCAGAGGUGUUCCAAAAGAAGAUGAAUGCUGUUCUUGAGCGUAUAGAGAAGUUGGAGGGCCAGGGAAGCUGA